AAUUCGGUUUCAAUAUGGCGAUUUGGUUACCACAAGAGACUUGGCACUUGAUGCUGUUUUACUGUUAAUUUAUUUCACUGCUCUGCUUCAUGUUGGUACUUCUAUCAAAUCCUUAGUCUACGUUCCUGAGCCAAAAUUAGCAAUUCAGUUAUAUAAAGUUUCAAUAUGGCGAUUUGACUACCACGAGGCUUGACACUUGGUGAUGGAUCCGGACGUCUGUGUGUUGUUUUACUGACCCUUUAUGUUGGUACUUCUAUCAAAUCCUUUAGUCUAUCUUCCUGAGCCAAAGUGACGUACACUAUUCAACAGUUUGACUUAAUGUACUGUAAGCCAUAGGCAACAUAACAGUAAACCUUGAGAGAAAAUCUUGGAAGAAUUCUCGACCAUUUUGUACGAUGAUGAAAGCGGAAGUGGCUGAACGGCUGACCACGGAAUGUUCCUUUUGGAUCUCUUGAAUCCCUGUGUAUUAAAUAGCUUUAUUCUAACAUACCACUCACGAUKAUCGUCAGCCAUCGCAAUCGCUAAGUUGAUUUUCAGCUGAUGUUACAGCGGAAAGAGGAAUGAGAUUGAUAAAAACCCUGAGAUGCAUUUUUCUUUUCUUACUGGCUGUCGUCUUCAUUACGGUCGUUUUUCAAGUUGUUUUUCCGUCCGCUCAUUUUUUCCCGAAAUUACUUUCUUUUUCGAAAGUCAAUUACGUAACAGGUCACCAAGUUAGUAGCUAUCCUUGCCACUAUACUAGGUUGAAGAAACCGGGGCUUGGUAAAAGAUCAGAAGAUUACGAGGAAGAAGAAAUCGCAUGCAAGCCUCAUAUACCGUCAACAAACUCGUGUUUGUUAGCAAACAAGGCCUAUGGCAGCCCAAGGGAAAUUCUUCCAGAUGUGAAGUGCGACACAAAAUCAUACCCAAACAUUUGUCAUUUCAAAGACAGAAAAACCCUAACCUGUUCUCUUGAAAUAUGUGGCAAAACUACCGUAUUCAUGGGCAGAAGAGAUCUACAAUACGGCCAUGUGAAUAAAUGGGAAGCUAUAGAGCCCUUUAACACAAAAAAUGCUUCAGAUUUCGUGCAGACGACCAUGCAACAGGGAGAAACAUUCUGUUUAAUGAAAUGUGGUAGCAUCUUGCAAGUGUUGGUUUUCCCGCCAAAAAUACACUUGAACGCGUCUUUGAAGGCUGAUGACAAGGUCAAUGUGAAUAUAGUGGUAUUUGAUUCGAUUUCUCGGCCUCAUUUCUAUCGAAUGCUGAGGAAGUCUAUUGCUGUUAUGCGGGAUAUUGUGAAUAAUGGAUCAAUCCCUACAGUGUUUGAUUUUGAACGUUUUCAGAGUCUUAGCAUGCAUACUAUGGAAAAUAUUCGGCCGUUAUUUUCAGGAGUUGCUUUCGAUCUUAAAGACAUCAACGACCUUCCUUCUUUAGCAAAAGCACCGCUUGGUAUUAAUGUACUCUAUGGUCAUUACAAACGCCAUGGUUACCAGACAAUGUUCCAGGAAGACAUGUGUUUUUACGAUCGCUGGGGAUGUGUUCUGGACGGGAUAAAAAUGAAAGGAGAUUCAAAAGCUACUGCUGAAAAGUGGACAGACUACCAAAACAUCGUAAGCAAACACCACAUUGAUCAUUUUGGUAUUACGCAUUUCUCGUGUGAAGUCUUCAAGACGUUUGGCGCCACAAACCAUUUAGAAGAUCCCGACAAAGUAUGCUUCAACGGCAAGCAUUUUAGCUCCUAUUUUUUGGACUACCUUAUAGAUGUCAUGGCUUCUGUAACCGGGACAAAAGACGCAUCGCCCCUUAUGUCAUAUGUCCAUUUUAAUACUGGACACACGCACAGUGGAAAGAGAAUUCAUAACGUGGAUGUUGGACUGGCAAAGUUUAUCUCUUCGAUGGCGAGGGACUCGAAUACCUGGACAAUUCUAAUGUCUGACCAUGGUCACAAGAGUACAUCAUAUGGGGGGACUCCAGAAGGUCUAAUAGAGCGCUACCAGCCUUUUCUUUUUAUGAUCGUACCUCAAAACGUAGCGCGUGUGUUAGGGAAACAGAAAAUGGAUAUCCUAGAAGCUAACCAGAGAAGACCGCUGACCACACUGGAUCUUCAUCGGGCGCUAAUGGUUUUGCACGACAAGGACAAGUCUAGUUCCAGGGACCACCGAGUUUCUGGAAUGUUCUCGAAGAUUCCAGCUAAUCGAAUGUGUAAUGAUAUGCCACUGAUGCCGCUUGCGAGGUGUCAGUGUGAGGGAUCUGAUGAGAGAUAUGAAGAUAAUUCCCCAAGGCACAAGUGGCUGGCUGAAUUUGCUUUGGGAACGCUGAACAAUUUGAUACAAAAACAGUUUUCAGAAGGCAAAGAAGCAAAGGCAGCCCGCGUGAAAGGAUACGGCAGAUGUAUCCGUUUGAUUGGCACGUCGAUUGACAACAUCAUUCAAAGCAAGUCUGGAUCUCUAGUUUCAUUCGACUUACACGUUAACGGUACAUCAGUCGGGCUGAACGAGGACGAAAUUUUCAAAGUCGCCAUAGCAUUGAACAAUGGAGUACCAACCUUAAAGACGUUUGCAAGGCAAACUAUGUAUAACAAAUUUAAAUACUGCGUUGAUCAAUCCGUUGAUAUAAAAAUGUGCGUCUGUGACAGGAGAAAGAAAAAAGAGGACUUUGUCAUAAAAGAGUUGAAAAAACAACAAAUGAAAGCUUUAAUUUCUUCAACAAUGUUUGGUUCAACUGCCAAAAUCAAAGACAUCUUUAAUGGAUGUUUAUAUCAAAUCAUCAGAGAACAUUUGAGUGGGAAUAGUUUAGUAUACGAAUUCGCAAACUCUUGCAAUGAGACAUUUUCGGUAACUGUUAAAGGAAGUAGUGAAUUCGUUACUUUAACACAAGGAUUGCCGAUGACGAUUGGUAUGGAACCAAACACGAUUAAAUUCGUGUUUGCAGCAACAAAACAGGUCUUUAGUCAUAGCUAUAUGAAUUUUUAUGUUGACGUUAAGGUUUUAUGAUUAAAUAUUGAAUAUUCAUUUGAA